AAAGGUUCUGAAGUUAAAAACAGAAAGCGAGACUCCCCUCCCCUGAAAAAAAGGCGGGGGGAGGACCACCCCUGGAUCCAACAGAUGACUUUUAAAAGGCCCUGCCUCCAGGCUGUGUUUUCCCUGAAACGCUUGCAAGCGGGAUAAUUGAAAGGCAGGCAGGCGGUGAAUUAACUCUUUGUAAAAUUACUUUGUGCGUGUGGGAAGGGCGAGGGGGGGAAGCAAUCCUUCCAAACUCUUUCCUUCCCAACCGGUCUUGGGCGGCUUGGAGAACUUUAGAAGCGGCCAGGAAAAAAUAGUAUUAAAAAAGACCGCGCGCGCGAGAGAGAGAUCUAAGCUACUGCCUGGAGCUUCUCGGUCCCCUGUGUUUUCUUUCCUGCGAGUCCUUUUUUUGUAACAAAUUGAUGGACAAUCUUCGCUGGAUCCGGCUCUCUCAGCUUCUCCUGCUUCUGGCAUUGGUGUCUUUGCACAGUGGGCAAGAAACUUCAGUGGAGAGCUGUUGCACAAGUGGAUAUGAAUGGGCGAGUGAAAAAAGAGACUGCAGUUCUCUGCCAUUAAACUCUGAUUCCAAAGAAUGCAGCGUAGCUCAGGAGCAGUGCUGUCUCAGUCAACUGGAGGAGCUACACUGUACUGCAGGAAUAGCUACAGCAAACAAGAAUGAAGAUUGUGACGAGCUUGAGGAUAAUUCUAACUGUGAAGAAAAAAUCAGUAAGAAAUGUUGUUAUUGCUGCUUUUUGGGGAAGGUGGCCCAGAAGCAAGCGAACAGCUGUGAGCAGAGCCUUUUGAUGGGAUACCAGUGUGGAUUGGUCUUCAGAGCUUGCUGUGUUGAGGGACAGGAAAGCACGGAUGUAUCGAUUGUCGAUGGUCCUAGCAAAGAAUUAAUACCAUUAGUAGACACUGACCAAGAGGAUCAAUACCUUCAUGACCGUUGCAGAGGAGGUGGUCCUUGCACCCAGCAAUGCAGGGAUACAGGUUCCAGUGUACUCUGUUCUUGCUUUAUGGGCUACCAGCUUCAGCCUGAUGGCUAUACUUGUGAAGAUAUUAAUGAGUGUAUCACUGCAAGCCACAAUUGUGCCUUUGGACAAAUUUGUAUCAAUACACUAGGAUCUUUCCGCUGUCAGCGUGAGACCAGCUGUGGAACUGGUUAUGAACUAACUGAGAACAAUCUUUGCAAAGAUAUUGACGAAUGUGAGACUGGUACUCAUAACUGCCUCCCCGAUUUUAUCUGUCAGAAUACUCCAGGAUCGUUUCGUUGCCGACCCAAGCAACAGUGCAAGAGUGGCUUUAUACAAGAUGCGCUAGGCAACUGUAUCGAUAUUAAUGAAUGUCUCAGCACAAGUUCACCUUGUCCAGCUGGGCAGAUGUGUAUCAACACAGAUGGCUCUUUUGCUUGCCAGAGGAAUGUGCCAAACUGUGGAAGAGGCUAUCAUCUUAAUGAAGAAGGGACAAGAUGUGUUGAUGUAGAUGAAUGCUCGACAUCCAAUCAGCCAUGUGGAGAAGGCCACAUUUGUAUCAAUUCUGCUGGCAGCUAUCGUUGUGAGUGCCAAGCUGGCUACUAUUUUGAUGGAAUCAGUAGAACUUGUACUGACGUGAAUGAAUGCCGACGUUACCCUGGUCGCCUAUGUGCUCACAAAUGUGAAAACACCCCUGGAUCUUAUUACUGUAGCUGUACAAUUGGUUUUAAACUUUCAGCUGAUGGAAGGUCAUGUGAAGACUUGAAUGAAUGUGAAAGUAAUCCCUGUAGCCAGGAGUGUGCUAAUGUAUAUGGAUCUUACCAGUGCUACUGUCGCCGGGGCUACCAGCUUAGUGAUGUAGACGGGAUCACAUGCGGAGAUAUUGAUGAGUGUGCUUUACCCACUGGAGGGCAUAUCUGUUCCUAUCGAUGCCUUAAUGUCCCAGGGAGUUUUCAGUGUACCUGUCCCUCUUCGGGCUACAAGUUGGCCCCCAAUGCACGAAACUGUCAAGAUAUUGAUGAGUGUGUUACCGAAACACAUAGCUGCUCAUACAAUGAGACCUGCUUUAACAUCCAGGGUGGUUUCCGCUGUCUCUCUUUGGAAUGCCCAGAAAACUAUCGUAAAUCUGGAGAUACAGUCAGACAGGAGAAGACGGAUACUGUUCGCUGCAUUAAAUCCUGCCGACCAAAUGAUGUCAACUGUGUAUUAGAUCCAGUUCACACCAUUUCUCACACAGUCAUCUCACUGCCCACAUUCAGGGAAUUUACCAGGCCUGAAGAGAUUAUCUUCCUUCGUGCGAUCACACCAGCAUAUCCAGCUAAUCAGGCAGACAUCAUAUUUGACAUAACUGAAGGAAAUCUGCGGGAUUCCUUUGAUAUAAUCAAGCGGUACAUGGAUGGCAUGACUGUGUGGUUCGUCAGGUGAAGCCCAUUGUUGGCCCUUUUUAUGCCACCCUGAAACUUGAGAUGAACUACGUUAUAGGAGGGGUCGUCUCACACCGUAACAUUGUUAAUGUCCACAUCUUUGUUUCUGAAUACUGGUUCUGAAUGAGUUUGCCAUUGUGAAGAAAGCAGAAGAGUGCCAUGGUGAAAGCUGCCAUCACAAGCUCUUCGAAAGUGAUGCACCUUUUGGGGUGUGUGGUAGGUUGGAGCAGUAAAACCAAGUAACUUCUUUUCAAAGAUCAUAUCUGGUUUAUAGUUUAACUAAACGACAAAUAGCUAUCUAUCUAAAGUAGAAGUAGGAUGGAACAAUAUCCUUGUGUCCGAUCUAGUAGGAGUGUGUGUUUAUGUAUGUCUCUUUGUGUAUGUAAUUAGCAUGUAUGGUUGCCUGAUCUUCUACUGAGUUUUAAACUUUGCUAAAUGUUUUGUAAGGGUCCUUGAGAUAGGGUGCUGAAUGCAAGAUUUUGUAGUAUCAGAGCUUUGCUUGUCAUCACCUUUGCUACUUCCUUUGAAUACCUUGCCUGUUUAUUCACAUCCUCACUAUAAAAGGGCAGAGAAGCACACAACCCUCCUAUACAUGUGGGAUCACAACUAACUCCAAUUGGUAUUAAAAAUAUGUAAACCACCCCUCCACCAAACUCUUUGAUAUAUCAUAUAUUCUUCUAUAAUGGGGGAGGGAGCUGAUUGUUCUUUGAUGUUUCAAGCGUCCCAUUCUGGGUGGAUAUGUUUUGUUUUUAAUUUUAUGGUUCAAUUAAAAGGGCAUUCCAGGAAGACUGCAAAAAGUGAAUGCGGGAAAAUGAAGGACUCCAGCCUAGAAUUGUUGAUUAGCAGAAGAGAAGCAAAGAAAUCAGUGUAUAGAACUGCAUUAGGCAACCAUUACUCCAAGAAAAGGUUUGCUCUUUGCAGAAAGAGAGGGAGAUUUGGACUUUUAUUAACUUUCAUUGUAUAAUGAAGUUAUGGUGAUUGUGGUGCAGAACUAGAUGCAGCAUAAACUGCAAAGUUAUGCUUGUUUUAUAUCAGUUUAACUGUCAUGGCUUCCUCCAGACAAAUCUGGGAUCUGUAGUUUGAUUAGGGUGCUGAGAAUUCUUUCUUAGGGAACCCUAGCCUCCUUUACUGAUCAUAGUUCCCAUUCAACCAUUUUAAUAGGAAAACCUCCCACCCUGAUUAUCCUGCCAUUCUGGAUCUUAAAAUAUGAAAGUCAAACCUUGUUAGGGUUCUUUACUUCCAAGUAAAAGUGUGGGAGACUUACAGUGGUGCAGUCACAAAUUCUAGAUGUGCAGACGCUUUUGAUGCCCUGGUGGCUACUCCCAUUGCCACACCCAGCUUGUUUAGAUGCAAUAAUUGGGGAGAAAAGAAAGAGUGGAGGUUGAAGAGGAAAGGAUUUCCAGGCAAGGAAGGUAGAGAAUCGUGUUUACAUACAUGUGCCAUAAAGGAGUAUUUUCUGGCACAAUGAGCAGUCAUUAAUAUAUACAGCAAUUGAACUGUUCAGUGUCCCAGCUCUUGCAGUAUGCUUGGCUUCCCCUUCCUUGCCCCCCGCCCGCCACACACAACAGCUCCCAUGUUCAUCGAGACAUUGGGAAAGGCACAAAGCUCCUUCUCUCUCAGUUCUCCCCCAUUCCACUGCCUUAUGUUUACCCCUGCCAAAGUCCUUCACACUAUUAUCUGACAACAACUUUCCCCUCUUUCUCUCACUCAUUCUCUCUCACAUACACAUUAGCAUCCUAGGUACUAUGGUUCAUUUUUUUAAGAAAGAAAGGAAAAGGAAUCAAGCAGGGGAGAGAGAGAGAGAGAGAGAGAGAGAGAGAGAGAGAGAGAGAGAGAGAGACUCUUCCAAAAAAGAGAGCAAUGACUUGGAUUCAUUGCUCCCAGAGAGACCCUCCCCACCUCCCAUUCUCAAAUGGAAGUCCAACCCUUUUCAUCCCUUCUAUCUAUCUUUUCAUCAGAGCUUUCUGGAUAUCUGUCCCUCCAUAUGCUUCUUACUGGCCACCCCAUCUGCCUGAGGGUGGGUACAGAGAAGCAAGGGCCGUGAUCUGUAGUGGCACAGCCAACUUUUUUUGGGGGGGCAGGCUAAAUAUCCAGCAGUUGAGAAGGUGCUGCCAGCUGAGAACAUUCCUGCCCUGACCCGCCCAACAGCCUACCCAUGGGCCUGCUCUCCUCUUCCUCUUCCUCUUGCUGCCACCACAGCAGCUUCUGCCACCACAGAGUCAGCAUGAGGCGGAGAGGAGACCAGCAAGCAGGAUAUAUUCCAGGGAUCAUCGUGGCCAGAGAGAUGCCCCUCUGACCAGGAGUCAGGAAGGUUCCCUUCCAACCAGGCAAGCUUCUUCCCACCAGUGGUGGCUUCUUGUCAAGCCUCUCCUGCCCGAGGUCUCAGGCGGCUGGCCAUUUAGUCCCCCUCCCCACUCAGCCUUGCAGCUGAGAAGUGGCACACGGGAGAUUAAAUGUCCAGUCUAGAGACCUCAGGCAGGGGAGGCUGGGCCAGGAGUGGUGAGGAAGGCAGUGAUUACACCCCUUUAAACCUUGGUUUAAACUCCUGCUGCCACCACUGGCAUCUUGCCCUGCACUUUGCUGCUGCUGCUGCUGCUAAUGUCAUUGAUCAGCAAGAUGGCAGUGGUGGGAGUUUCAACCAAGGUUUAAAGGUGUGUAAUCUGCCCUCCUCUCUGUCCCCCAUCCCAGCAAACUGUACAUGGCCAUUCAGCUGCAACCUCCUUCCAUUUUUUUUUUUGAGGGAGGAGGAAUGGGUUGAUCCAUCCCAUCCCACCAGCACUACACCACUGCUUAAAGCAAUAGGAAGUCCACUGUCUUGAAUAUAUGAUUACUUCAGUGGAAAAGCAAUGAACCAUCUUCUAUCACUGGAGAUAUAUAGAAUAACUUCACACAAUUGCUGGCAAGCCUGUAAGUGGGAAAUAUGCUAGGGAAUUGAGAGUGUGCACUCCUGGCAGGCGUGACAUCCUAACCCAAGUCCCAAGACCUACACCUGACGUUCUCCCAACAUUCUCUACCCAAUUUACUAAUUUUGGGUGUGGAAGUCAGGAGAAUGUUGAGUGGAGAAUCUCAGGAAUUGGAUUUGGGCAGGUUUGGAUGUCACAUUUGCUGGCAGAACCUGCUCUCGGUUCCCAACAAAUCCCUGCCAUUUUACCACUUACUACUUUUUGGUGGAUCAUGUGAAGCUACCCAUGUUUAAAAGAGCUACAAAUGCAGAUGUUAAGAAUAUAAGAACAGCCCUGCUGGAUCAGGCCCAAGGCCCAUCUAGUCCAGCAUCCUGCUUCACACAGUGGCCUACCAAAGGCCUCUGGGAAGUCCACAGGCAAGAGCUGAGGGCAUGCUCUCUCUCCCACUGCUACUUCCCCACAACUGGUAUAGGCAUCUUGCUUCUGAGGCUAGAUGUGUUAUAUUUUUGAUAGCCUGGUGCUGGAGGCAGAUGUCAUGGAAUGGCCAUCACGAUCAUGCCCUUGCUUUUGAGCUCCCACAGUUAGGUACUUUUGGAAAGAAUGCUGAUUUGUGUGGUCUGAUUCAGCAAGGCAAAGACUAUGCUCUUCUUGCAGGAAAGUCUAUAUUUCUGUUCUCUGAGCAUCAUGCAAAUUAGAUAUCCCAAACCUGCACACUAAUAAUCAAUGGCCUUUGAAAAUGAAUUUUGAAUUUUAAAAAGAGAGUUGCUACAUUGAAGAGAGAAAGUACAAAAGGAAAUAAAAAGGUAUAAAAGAAUAUAUGGCUUACAUUCUCCAUAGGGCUAGGGCAACAGAAAUAGCCCUGCACAGAUGCAAACAGAUUGGAGCUUAAGUGCACUCCAGUGUUUCCCUGGAGCCCCAGCAGGUGCAGAGGGGAGAGGGUGCAAUUUUCCAUUGCUCCCUCCUUCCUCCAGCUAGGGUUUUUACUUCCAGGAAUCUUUCCCUGAGGGUUUUGCAACUCUCAGGGAAAGAUUACUGGAAAUAAAAGCUCUAUCUGUAAGGGAGGAGAGAGCAGUGAGAAUUUCACCCUUCUGCCUCCACCACCACUGGGAUUGCGGUGGAAAGACUAGUGCACACUUCAGCUCUAGGGCUAUUUGUGUUGUUCUAGCCAUGAGUAGUGUAGAACCACAAAUAAUUCUUUUCGACACACUCCCAGGCCCUAUUAGUAGAGAAUUGCUCAUGCAUGUGGAAGCAGCAUGUAGCUGAUGUGGAAGUAGACUAGAACUGGAUUAGUGGCACAGAAGAUAAAAUAUGUAAUUGUUUUAAAAUUAAUGGCUUACAUACAGUGGAGGGAUGCUUGGGACUCACCAUUUCAUCAGUACUUCUAGUGAAGGUGGAAGGGGCUCUGUGUGAAUGACACUGUGCAUCAUCACAGUUCCAGGUGCUCAGCACACCCAAAGGGGGUCAAGUGCAGCAGUGGUGAUGAUGCACAGCUUCAUUUGCACAGAGCCUUUUCUCUAGAAGCAUCAACAAAGUGGUGAGUCCCAAGCAGCCAGUGAGACCACAUCCCUCUUGAGUGUGUGGCUAAGCCAAUAAUAUCGAAGGCCCUGAUCCAGUUGCAGGUAUGGACAUACCAGUUGGUGGCUCCAGCUAUGGAUGAACAGUUUCAUAUCAAGAUGCCUUCAACUAAUUCAGGAGGAUCCAGAUGAACAUCAUGAUGAGCUUCCACAUCAGCAAUGCCUGUGCAAGCAUGCAUACCUGCAUAAGUUUCCCUUGUUGGAUUGGUACAAGUGUGUGUUAAGCCUUCGGAGUUCAGACUAAAUGUGGGCCAGUGAUGUCAUAAAACUCCCGUCAGUAAACGAGUGUUGUAUGUAUUUUCAGUUUCUCACAAUAAUGCAUCAUUUGUACUACAAAAAUGAAAAUAAACUAUUUCAUUAUUCAUUUUCUUCUAA